UUUAGAUGCGUGCGUCGGAUGGGUUGUUGUUGCUGUGGUGGUGCUCAGGGUGGACGGUGGUGGCCACCCUGACGGCCGAGUAUGUGCUGCGGACCAUUGGCAAGGACGAGUGCCAGGUGCCGGAAAACGAAUUCCUCGCCCGCCCAGUUUUCAGCGACGGCGACAACCUGAGCUACGAGGGUUGCGGCCUGGUGGAGGGAGGUAGAGGAGGGGCGACGCCGCCCUGGCGAGUCGUCCUCGGCCGCGACGACUGCGACGGCCUUUUGCUCUCAAGACGCGCCAUCCUCGUCCACCAAGAGCCAUUCAGUCUGUGUUCGCUGGAGGCCCGCGCGAAGGGGGCCGUUUCGCGGCCGCUGGAGGCCCGGAUGGGGAAGUGCGUCACGGAGAGGGGUGGGGAAUGCGAGGGGUACGUGCGCAGGGUGGGGGCGGUGCGGCGGCUCGAGGCCUAUCCCGCCGACCAGCUGUACCUGCUGCUGCUGGAGAAACCCCUACCCAAGGGCUUCGAAGUCCCAUCGGUGCGGCCCCUCUGCCUCUUCAACCGCGACAACCUUGCAGACUCAAAGCUUCAAUUCCUCGCCGGCCUCUUGGCAGGGUCUGGGAAGGAGGUUGGCGUGGUGGGAGUGCGCGAAUGCAUGCCCGAGCGGAUGCUGCAGGAUAAGUGCCGCCGCUAUUUGUUUGCCCUCUGCGUCGCUGUCGAUGAAGGUUUUUUGGAGGAUCGCAGGGCUUUGGUGUGGGUGUCGUCCGAGGGUCGUCACUUUUUGAGGGCCGUGGCCUUCGCCAACAGCCGCGACGUCGUCCACUCGCGCGUCGCCUUCCACGACGUCCUCCGCCUUGUUGACCCCCUCGUCCGCCUCGCCCCCGACAUCCACCGACAACCGGAAGCACCACCUGUCCACAACCAAGUCCAAUUUGUCUUUUCCGGCGAGAAAGAGCAUCUGAGUUUCGCGAACUGCGGCCUCGAAAGUGGCGCCAUCCGAUCGCGGCGGGACGUCGACGAAGUGGCGACGGUGGCGCACGUUUUCGGCGGACGCAACGCCGAGCGCGGGCGACACCCUUGGCACGCCCACCUCGCCCUGGGCCACGGCGAUGGCCACGUUCUCAACUGCGGCGGCUCCCUCGUCUCAGACAGACACGUCGUCACAGCUGCGCACUGCGUGUUCGUGGAGGGGGUGUUGGCGUCAGCGCGAGACCUGCACGUGACCCUGGGCAUGUGGAACGCGAGCGACCCUGAGGAGGCGUGGCGUCAGGCGCAGGCUGCGUGGCGCGUCUUUGUCAGUGGCGGCUUCAACGCGUCGGCCGGCAACUUUGCGCACGACGUCACCGUCGUCGUCAUGGCCACGCCCUUUCGCUUUACUGCCCACGUGCAGCCCGUGUGCCUAUGGAACGACGUUGCAGACCUUGACCGCGUUGCCAACAAAACCGCUACGGUGGUUGGGUGGGGUCUUUCUGGAGACGGGGGAGAGCGUCCAGCGGUGCUGCAGAGGGCGGAGCUUGUGGUGCGGUCGCACCUAGACUGCUUCCUGCAAAACCGACCCUUCUUCUCGGGCAACCUGCAACCUGGGAUCAACUUCUGCGCCGGCCACGCCAACGGGACGAGCGUGUGCAACGGGGACAGUGGUGGGGGGUUGUUGUUGCGUCGCGGCGCCCGCUGGUUCCUGAGGGGCGUGGUCAGCUUUGGAAAAGCGCGACCUUUGCUGACGGGCGACGAAUAUCACCUAGAGUGCGACCCCCGAUUCUACUCCCUCUUCGCAGACAUCGCCACCUACAUACCCUGGAUCGCCACCCUCAUCAACAGCACUUGAUCAACUUCACCCACUCCUCAAAAAUUUUGAAAGCAAAUAGCUAAAAAUAAAAAUAUAAUAAUACAUGUUUUUUUAUGUGAAUAAAAAUAUUGAUUUAAAAUUCCUUUGAUUUACAUUUUAUUCUCCGAUACAAACUGAAUAUUUCUUUCGUACGUACACCA